GCCCGACAAACCAGACGGGGAAAAGAUAACCCGGGAAUAAACAGAACAUGCUGCUACGUGAUCGUCGGGCCCGUCCCUGAACAGAGAGACACUGGCCAAGAACCGAGAGAGUGUUUGGAAAACGCGAAUAUCUCUCAUCUAAGAUACAAGAAAAUGAGGAGACAGAUUCAAGACUUUCGUUGGAAAUUGCUUUCGAGCGAAGGAUAACGAGUUACGAAACGUUGUCGAGGACGAAAUUGCGUAGAGGAAUAAAUUGUGAUGAUUCUUCUCGAGGAAACAGAUCGAAAACGUAAAAAAGAAAAUGAAGAGUUUGCAGCAGUAAGGAAGCAGCUCCCAUAUAUAAAUUGAACUGACUACGAGAGAAAGAAAGAUGGAAUGUGUGACAUGUUCAUCCAAACACAGCAGACGAGUAGCGUCAACGGCAGCAGCAGCAGCAGCAGCAGCAGCAGUAACAACACCGUUCACCACCACAGCAAGAAACGCAAGUUGGAGUACAACGUGAGUCAGCCGGUGAUCCAACACGCAUUGGUUCAAUCGACCGGCGACUACCAAUUAGACAAUACCGGUCUGCAACAACGGUACUCCGUGAACGGUGCUAAUACCGCAUUUAGCUCGCUGCACAACAAUAAUGCGCUGCAGAAGAGUAGCCCGAACCAACAGACCCUGGUACGAGCCUCGACGAUCAAGCUCUUAGACACGUACCAACGCUGUGGCCAGAAGAGAAAAACCUGGUCGAGGGAGGGUAAUGGUGACGGCCUGGCAGUCCACUCCGCCAACGCGACGAACGCAGUGGGUAGUACUGUAGUGUCGCAACAUCAUAAUCAACAGCAACAGCAGCUGCAACAACAACAGCAGCAGCAACAACAACAACAACACAAGCAGACAGGAAUGACGGCACAUAGCAAGCAAGUAACCAACGCUGCCAAUGGAGGCGGUGGCAGCAACCCCCAAGGGGAUGGAGAUUACCAGUUGGUACAGCACGAGGUUCUCUAUUCUAUGACUAAUCAAUAUGAAGUCCUCGAGUUUUUGGGCAGAGGUACUUUUGGACAGGUCGUAAAAUGCUGGAAAAAGGGAACCAAUGAAAUAGUUGCCAUCAAAAUUCUGAAGAACCAUCCAUCUUAUGCGCGCCAAGGGCAGAUUGAGGUCUCCAUCCUGUCUCGACUCAGUCAGGAAAAUGCGGAUGAGUUCAACUUUGUGCGCGCUUAUGAGUGCUUUCAGCACAAAUCCCAUACCUGCUUGGUCUUUGAGAUGUUAGAACAGAAUCUGUAUGAUUUCCUGAAACAGAAUAAAUUUUCACCCCUACCCCUCAAAUAUAUCAGACCGAUUCUUCAACAAGUACUCACCGCUCUUUUGAAACUUAAGCAAUUGGGGUUAAUUCACGCAGACCUUAAGCCUGAAAACAUUAUGUUGGUGGAUCCAGUUCGUCAGCCUUAUCGUGUAAAAGUUAUUGAUUUUGGGUCAGCUUCCCAUGUAUCUAAAGCUGUCUGCAACACGUAUUUACAAUCGCGAUACUACCGUGCACCUGAAAUUAUACUUGGACUUCCAUAUUGUGAAGCAAUAGAUAUGUGGUCGCUCGGCUGUGUGGUUGCCGAAUUGUUUUUAGGAUGGCCUCUAUACCCUGGUAGUUCAGAAUACGAUCAGAUUCGAUACAUAAGUCAGACGCAAGGCCUACCAACGGAACACAUGUUAAACAAUGCCAGCAAAACAACAAAAUUCUUUUACAGAGACAUGGACAGUACAUAUCCAUUUUGGCGAUUAAAAACACCGGAAGAGCAUGAGGCUGAAACUGGUAUUAAAUCAAAGGAAGCGAGGAAGUAUAUUUUUAACUGUCUAGAUGAUAUUGGUCAAGUUAAUGUCCCGACUGAUUUGGAGGGUGGUCAACUUUUGGCAGAAAAAGCAGAUAGAAGAGAGUUCAUUGACCUCUUGAAGAGGAUGCUCACAAUGGACCAGGUAGAGCGCCGCAUAACACCUGGGGAGGCUCUGAACCAUGCCUUUGUUACGCUGGCCCAUUUAGUCGAUUAUGCACAUUGUAACAAUGUUAAGGCUUCCGUCCAAAUGAUGGAGGUUUGCCGACGAGCUGGCGACUUCACUGCAAGUCCAGCACAUCAUCAAGCUCCUCCAGCACCUCAACCACCACCACCAACAUCAUUGGUAGCUAAUUUCGUGCCGACGACAAAUGGUAGUGCCGUAACUUUCACCUUCAACAACCAGUUGACCAAUCAAGUACAGCGAUUGGUUAGGGAACAUCGGACUGCGCAAACAGGAUAUGAUAAUCUGUAUCAAAUAUACAGUAACAGUAGUCGCCGUGCGACUCAGUACAGUAGCUCGUCAAGUGGAUCAAAUAGCGGACGAAGUGGAGUGCACGACUUUCCACAUCAAUUGGUGCCUGGUCUACUUUGUCAUCCACCCAGUUAUCAGACGAUGCCAAGUCCUGCAAAACACGUAGUUGUUGCUCAACCUCCACAAGCGCAACAAGGUCCGUUACAAAUCCAACCAUCGAUUAUAUCGCAGCAGGCUGUUGCUGCUGCAGCUGCAGCUGCCCAACAACAGUAUGCAGCAGUUCCCGUAUCUAUGGUGGAAACUGGACGACAAAUGUUACUAACCAACGCUGUACAAACCUCUUGGCCUGGUGGAAGUCGUCAAAUGGCCGCUAUCGUACCAUCUUGGCAGCAGUUACCACCGCAACAUGCAGCCAUACAGCAGCCAUUACUGAGUGAUGCCGGAGAUUGGGGAAGGCCUCUUAUUGUCGAUAGCUCUGCUAUUCUACAGGAUCAGAGGCCAGUAUUUCCUGUCACGGAAGUAUACAAUACCAGUGCCCUUGUUGAGCAUCCUCCUCAAGGUUGGGGCAAGCGUAGUGUUACGAAACAUCAUCAACAUCAUGUAACUGUACCUCAGCAGUCUCAACAUAGGCACGAGCAUAAAAAGGAAACGCAGCAGUUAAGUCCAGUGAAAAAGAGGGUAAAAGAAAGUACUCCACCGAGCAACACGAGACGGCAUUCACCUUCCAGCGGUCAUUGGCAACAGCAACCCAUGCAGCAACACCAUCACAGCAGCAAACACAGCAGUAGUCAUAAUGUAGAACACCAUCAAGUUACAUCUGGUCGGCAGCAAACUAUUACAAUUCACGAUACACCAUCACCAGCAGUUUCUGUUAUCACGAUAAGUGAUAGCGACGAUGAAACACCGGGCAAGUGCUGUGGAGAUCAGCAAUGUGGAGCCUGUCAAAAUUUGGCAACUCGCCUGUCUGGCGAUGGACAUCCAGUCCGCGAGGAAGUCAUUCGAAGUACGCAGUCAACACCACGCGCGGUUCAACCAAUACAGCAAACCCAUUCAAGUAGUCAGUCGCAUACUAACGGCCACGCAACAACGCAUAGUACAUCUCAAAGAUCGCAACGAAAAAAUAUUAUCAGUUGUGUAACUGUCGGUGACAGCGAUGGCGAAGCUAGUCCAGGUCGAGCGCAUAAUCAUCUAUACCAACAUUUACCGCAACAUGCUCAGCAUCAACAAACUACGCAGUUAAUUAAACACGAACCCCAACAGCAACAUCACGUCAGCAGUAGCAGUUCUGGAUAUUCGUCUCAAUCGCAAAAGAAACGUUUAUUGGCCAAAGUACAGUCCGAAUGCAAUAUGGUGAAUGUUGCGACAAAACCGGAGCCCGGCGUUGAGUACCUUGCACCACAUCCGUGUCACGCGCCAGCCUGUAAAGAGCCACCGACCUAUCAGGAUGAUGCCUAUGACAUGCAUGACUACUUCUUGCAGUAUGUGACCACGAGUAGCGCGCAUCCUCACCUUCAAGAGCAACACAUUGUGUAUACGACCGGCACGGACAAGCGGGUAUCAUGGCCUGGAAAGAGAGCUGAAUACAAACACGAGUACGUUCAACCACCGGCUGCUCAUUCCAGAGACCACCAGAAAUGGGCGGUAGCGAAUACUGUGCAUCAGUAUAGGCAGAGUCAGGUGGUGGGUUCGGCAGCCCAUCCGGGACAUACCCACAGUCACCAUGGGCAUCCGGCCCACCUCAGUCCUGGGGGCGGUGGCGGGGGCAGAAGUCCUGCAGGGGGGCCUGUAAUAGGAAGUGCCCAGCAUCUGGGACAGCCCCUGUACCAGGAGUACGCCCAUGUGCGUUCAAGAGCCCAUGCCGUGCCACCCCCGGUAUACGUAACGGCCGCGCCUUCUCAGGCUCCCACUGCUAUCCAGCAGCAACAAGUGCCCACCUAUCAGGGAUUCACACCCGGGUGGGUACCUAGACACCUAGUUGAUGCAUGCAUCUCGUCUCCAUUAACGUUGUAUGAUUCUAGUCGAGCGUUGCCACCACCAGCUCAUCACAGCUCGGCCAGACCGUUGCUGGCAAGUCAUGCAGCGCAUCCACUGCCUGCACAUAUGCAGCCAACAGCCGUUUAUGGAUUGGCCCCACUUUCACCGGCAAAACAUCAAUAUCAACCUUCUGGUUUGUGGUUCACCGAGUAAAUUAUUCCUCUGUCUGGUUUCAGAAGAAAAAAUCAAACGGCGUGCGAGUACUAGUUUUCGCCGCUUCUUUUUUUUAACGAAAUUUUACAAGGUCGAGAAAUAACCGAUCGCAUCAAAGAUAACCGUACGAAAGGAAAAAGAGAACCCAUCAUCUUUAUCGAAUUCAUUCCUCGCGAAAGUGUUUUUUUUACUAGCGAACGAAGGGGUCUCUUCGCGAUACUAUUAUCAGCUAUUGAAAACACAGAGUAAAAAACUAGGCUUGUAUUGUUACGAAAGGAAUAAAGAAAUCACGACUGGAAAGAGUCGACGGAGUCUCAAGACAAGACCGAAGUCGUUCUUCAACUCAACUUUUUGACAAUCCGUCCUUAAAAAGCGAUCGCCCCCUUCGAACUGCCAGUCUGUGCUAUUACGAAAAAGAUUAUCAAAGCUCUACGCAUGAUUUUGAUUGACAAGGAAGUAAAUAAUAUGGCUUCGAACGUCGAUAGACUGAUCGCGUUUGCGUCGUGUCCUAAUGAUUUCAUUAGCGUAUUUAUCACAUUCUCAUCGUGAAACAUGUUAUCUUUUUCCUUUCGUUCGACGAUAUGAACAUCGUAUCCGAAACGAAAAAGCAAGUGAAAGUAACGAAUGGAGAAGAAAAAAGAGCAGAACGAUAGAGAAAAGAAGCUUUUUGAUGCUUCUCGUUGCGCAAUCGUUUCCUCAGUGAACCAUUGCUUUGAUGAUUUGUAUUUGUAUUAUUUUUCCAAAUAUUAUUUGACGAUCGAUGUACAAUUUUGUCCGACUUAGAUGGCGCUUAUGUUAUAUACGUGGUAGUAUAUAAUAUAAUUGACAUGUUUUGUAUGAUUCUGAAGAAAUAGUGUUGGCGCGUUAAAAAGAAUUUUUACGAGGUCAUACGAACGAAAAAAUUAGAGGAGACCAGACGAUUUUAUCGUAAAGUUUGAAUCUGCAUUAUUUGAAAUUAAGCGCAGUUUAAGCAGAUAAAGAGAAACAUGUUGGGUGUCGCUGAUUUGUCAAAACUGUUCUACGGUGUAACAGUUCAGAAGUUAUCUUUUAUUGAAGUUCAACGUUAACGGGAAUAAAUUUGCAUUUCCUUAUGGUAUGAUAUAUAUCAUAUACAUUACGUUUUUAGUACUCGUUAACAAAGUUAAUCUUAGCGCGGUAUAACCCACGGUUAUUAGCCGAUGGAAUUUUCGUCAGACUUGAGAUUUUUGUUAUCGAGCGUGACAACGCUUUAAUGUAUUCUAAGCGUUCUCUUUUAAACGGGUCAUCGACGUUGAUGAAGAUUCCCGUUCUUGUAUCUAAUAAUUGAAAGCGAGUUGAUCAAUUACACGCAUACACACAAUCAUAACAUGACACAUUGAUUUGUUGUAAAAUGUGUUCCGGAUUUUAUCGCUAGAUUUAUUUCAAGCUGUCUCAUAGGUAUGCUGGUGUAAUACCAAACACUUCUUUCCAAUGACGUUACUAUACGAACAUAAAGCGUGUCUGAGUUUAGAAUGGAAUUCUUCUGUUUUGAUUCGAAUACAUUAUGGGUAUAUUUGAUUGCAUGGUUAAAUUUGUAUUUGACAAAAGCUGUGUUUUCUCGCAGCAGCCUCAUUAUUUAUUUUUACUACGUAAUCAAUCCUAUUCUUCUCAUCAUAAUUAUUACUAUUACUAUUACCAUUACUACUAUUAUUAUUAAUUGCAAAUAGGCAUCACCGACUUUAAGAUAAUUGCAGUAGCAGUUUGUAGUCAUUUUUUUUUUUUUUGUAGAUACCACGUUCGCGAUAGAUUUGCGUUAGAUUCGUUUGAAAUGAGAUUUUUUCCCUCUGCAACAUUUUUCAGCGUUGAACGAUCGUCGUACAGCAUAUUAACAUUAACUUUUUCAUCCAUCUGUUGCGUUUCAAUGUUUUGCAUUUCACCGAGGAUUGUAGUUUUAAAAUGUAUGUAUUGAGUAUAUAUUGCACAAAUCUGCGGUACACAACGAUUAACAUGAGCAACAACAAAAAGAUCUGUGUACAGUAAUGACGCAAAUUCGCGUUUGAAGAAAAAGGAACAAAACGAAAUAUACAUAUAUUCAAUUUUCGCGAGAUUCUUAGUUCAAUCGCUUUUGUCGAAAAAGAAGCCUUCGUUGCAAAUAUCUGUUAUAAUGUCGGAUUGCACACAUGUUUUCUUCAACGUACAUUUGAUUCUUUCUAUUCCGAUGAGAGCGUCAAUGGUGCAAGUUUUUAACAAUCCCCAUUCGUUUUUUCUCCCUCAUCGAAUCAUGUUCUUCCUUCUCACAUUUUUCCACGUCAGUAUAAAGAAAGCAAUUUCUAAUAUCUCACAAAAUGAGAAAAACUAUAUAUCAUAUAUACAUGUAUAAUGUAUAUUAUUGCAAUUCCUUGAGUAAACUGCAUUCGAUGUAUAUGUGCAUGCCCAUAUGUCGAUUUCUACGUAUAAUUAUCAUGAGUGGUUCUCCUCCUACAUUUUAACGUUCGAACAGGUGUAAGAAUGGAUUUGCACACAUUUUACGACUUGUGAAACAGUUUCAAAAACGUUUUUCUGCGUGCUGACGUGUAUAUCGUGGUUUUUAAUGGAAUGACGCUUAGGCAUUGUUUUGCUAAUUAUUUUAUAUACAUAGCUGUAUGAUAACGUACGGGAUAUUAGCUGUGGUAUGUUGAUUAGAGUGAAACCAUGUCCAGAGUUUAAUUAGAAGUAUUUUACACUUAGAGCGAGAAUGUGAGUGAGCAAGUCGAAAUGAGUAAACGAAUGUGAUUAGCGUGAUUAGUGUGAUUGAUAAGGAGAGGAAGAGAGCGAGAGAACAGUGUUAGAGAGAAUAAUAAAAUGACAGUUUAAAUAUGUUACCGAUAUCCUAAAACAACAUUUUUCAAUGUCUUAAAAGAUGAAUAUAACGUGAAGCUGCUAAUCCAUUAAUUUCGAUCGGAUAAAUAGUCGUAAAAUUGUUAAUAUUUUUAGAAAUUAAUUAAUACUAUUUAUAUCAAAGGGCACCUAUGAUAAAAACCUGGCUAAUUUCCUGUUUUAUUCGCGAAAUACUAAACAGUCUACUGAAACAUUUGUUUGUCUUUUUUUUUCUUUUUAUUAAUUUUCCAAAUUUUCCAAAUUUUCCAAGCAUCACGUUUAUCAAUUGCGCGAAUUGGCUUCGUCGAUAUAUUUCUUUACGCGUAUUAUAUGAUGUAAAAAUUAAAAAGAAAAAGAAUUGUGUAACCAAGUCGAUGUGCCUGUUUAACAAUUAAUCAUAUUUACAUUUAUAUUUACUGCAAACGAGUAAACUCAUAAAGAAAAACCGUGUAUAGCGAAAGUUGCAGUAAAACAGAAAACAAAGAAAAGUUACAAUCAGCUUGUAAGUGUUACGUAUUUUAUCGACCACACACGGUACGAAUAUACAAUUAUAAUUAUACAAACACGUUUGCGCGCCUACAUGUAUAUAUGUAUGCUUCCAUAUAAACCGUAGAAAUUAUAUCGCGUAGGAGAAAACAUACCGUUUCUUCUCUUAAGUCGUGAAAAAACAAAAGUCAUAUCCUUAGAUCUUUCGCAUUUUACGUAGAAAAGAAAAAUGGGAAAACUGUUGUUGCGCGUGUGUAUGUAUAGGAACAUGCCUUUUUUUUUGUCGCAGGAAUCGAUACAUGCACAAACACACACGUAGGAGAUGUACAUGCGACAGUUCUACGCAUCAUAGUCAUACCAUCAUCAUGCUUCAUUUUUUUAGCCUCUGUACAUUCGAACGUAUUUAGAUACCUGUGUCACUAGAUAAGCAAAGGGAACUUCAGUCAAGUUUCUAUUUCUUGUUUUUUCUUUUUUUUUUUUUUUUUGCAUCCAAAGAGCAAGUUUUGACUGACGAUGUAAUAUUUGUAAUGUUUAGCAUAAGACUGUAAUUGUCGAUCGUGGAUUCGAUCGUUCGAAUUAAUCACUGAUAAUAUCCUACGUAUAAGUAUGUUAUUUUAUUAUGUUCACGUUGUUAUUAGCGUCGAAUAUGCGAAAGUAUUUGGGUAGUAGAUUUUAGGUGGUCAGCUUUGUGGAGUCGGAUGUCGGUUAUUGUCUAACAGAUAGAAUUAUCGUUGUCGAUGUUUAUUACUAAUUAACAGCUUUGGGUUUAGAACGUAUACGCAAACUACACAAUGGUCCUACGUUAGUUUCCCACUUUUUAGGUGUAGAUCGUCAGUCAGUACGAGCUCAGAGUCACGUUAGCGCAGUCAUUGUUACUUUAAGUAGCACGUUUUUAAGCAGUGUACGAGUAGAUAAAUAAGCACGUCAUUGAACGAGUAUCUAAUUAAUCUUAGGCUACCAUGGAAACUGUACGAGAGGGCAAAAAGAAGAACGAUUGUUUUCUUCUUUUGGGAACGUACCGUAACAGUGACGAUGGUUCUAGUUGUGAUAUUUUAUUAAUAUAGGGUUUGUGUACGCGAUGUUAUUUUGGUCAGGCUUUUCAGAAGGCCAACACGUGCAUGACGCGAUAUAUGUGUAACGCAUAGAGAAGAUACUAUAGUGUUUUUUGUCGUUAACAAUCCAGGAAGAUUAUUGUCAUAUGGUUGUUACUUCCGAUAGGGUGAUAUGACACGUUACCUUAGCUGCUCAUCGUCUAACUUGUUCCAAUUCUUUCACGUCAUUCUUCUUCAUGGGCUUUCCUUGUUUUUCACGGAUUUCGCUUCGAGUGAUAACGACACAUCAAAUCAUGUUUGUGAUAGAUUUUUACUUCCAUACUUCUUUGCCAUUUUAAAGGGGAGAAUUGUGUUAAUAGAACACGAUCUUUUUAACGUCGAUCGUGAUGUUUCACAACAUUGUUGAGCGCGAGCGUAACAGUUACCUCUUCCUUUCGGGUGACACGAUGAUACAUAAACAUAAUAAAAAGAAAAAGGAACACAUGUACAAAAUACACCUACAUAACACACGGAUCAUAUAUAACGUGCGCGUUCGAGCGCACACUUAUACAUAUACACUCGAAGCUAUAGAGAUAUAAUUAUUUUAAUCAUUUUUAAAUUUGUACAUACAUUUCUUAUCGCAUCAGGGCAGAGGGGAGCGGAGAGAUUUCUUAGUGUCUAGGUGUAGUGCCUAAAAUGUUAAUGAGAUUGUGUCCAAUAGAAAAUUUAUUUAGUGUGGAAUUUCUAACGUUCGAUUCCGAGUGCUUGUAAGUGGGACGCAAAUUUCCUUCGAGCAUGUUUGACCAUAAAAUUAGAAAAUAGGAUGAUUUGACGAAAGCGAAAGCAUUUCCCAAGGCUGAUAGAAUUUUCCCGUACAAGCGCCCGGAGUCGUGGAACGAAUAACGUUCGACGAGCGAGUCUAGCACUGUUAAUAAACAGAUACUCGCGUUGAAAUGGCCAGAAAUGAAUAAAAAAGGAGCGAAAGAAUGAAUGAAAGAGAAAAAAUGGAAUCAAAGGACAUCCGCGGAUAAAAAUUACGUUUCUUUGUGGACUUAGAAUUUAAUGUUCAUCGCGUUGUAUGGAUAGUUCGUAUAAAAUUAUAUAUAUAUAUUAUAUAUAUUAUCAUUAUAAAACAAAGCAACUGACUUUUUGCGAGGAAUAGAUAGCGUAGCUACUAUAAGUAUAGGAGAGAAUAACAUAUUUUUGGAGUUAUACUACUAGAGGAUUGAUAUUGUAUUGUGCUCUGUGAGUUCUUAAACGUUUGUCUUCUUACGUUCUUGGUCUUUAAUCGUCGAAUUGCUCAUCACGAUCGGACCACAUUUACAUGUAGAAACGAGAAUUAUUAAAAGCAAACGAAGAAAAAAAUACAACUCAAGAGGCGUAUGCUAUCGACAUGUAUAUCUUAUGUAUGUACGGAUACUUGUUCUAAAUUUCGGUUCGUCGCGACAUGUAACUAGAAUUUUGCUCACGAUCCAUGUGUACGUACUCUUCGGUACGUGCGCGCGCGAUCUCGUAGAUUAUAUACGUGCAAGAUAAAUCACAAUAGUCUGUAGUAUUUAAUUCGUACCUCGACUUUUCUGAACGAUUCGAUAUUGAGAGACGAACCAUCAAGACACACGUGAUAAAGGUAUUUCACCGUUUUUUUUUUUUUUUUUUUUUUUUUAAGCCAAACUGUAUAUCGUAAUAGCGAGUAAAUGAAGUCCGAUUAGGGAAGCAAGAAGUAAACGAUAGAUCAUGCGGGUAAAUUAGGCUAGAAUCGAUGAUUCACAUCUGACUGUUCUUCGAUGUUCUUAAUGUUCACUAUUAUACUAUGGUAAUAUUGCAAAUAAUUAUGAACGGUAGUACUUGUAUUAUACGUUUGUCAGACUUAUGCAUAAUAUUAUACGAGUAAGGAUUAAUCAUAGUUUUUAAAAGAAAAAAAAAAUAUGGGGGAUAACACUCGUGUAAACACAUCACUGCUGCUAAAACGUUGUUAUCGUUAACGAUUUUUCUCAUCUUUAAUAGGGUGAUGGAUUCAGAUCGAUAAUUAGGGGCAUACCGUGGCAUAGCUGGAUAGUCUUCGCUGUGGAGGAAAGUAGAAAAUUUGGUGUUUCGAUGUUCGUACGGUUUAGAAUAUUUUUCGUUUUCGUAGUUCUCUUCUACUACUUUUUGUCUUUUCUUGUUCGUAUACAAUGCGCAGCCGUUCUCGUCGUUUUCGUUCGUGCCACGGGACAUUCUACUUUAGACCGGUUAUUUACCAGAUCGGUUUUUUGGUAAUAAGAUAGCUUUCGAACGAGCUUUCGAGUUUUUCUAUGUAUAGAUAGUUUCAAAGAUGCUGGUUGCUUAUUAUUCGUCGUUUUCCAAAGGUUCUCCUUUAUUUUUCAAGGUUUGGGAAUCUUUCCGAAGAGUUUGCAGUUGUACGGAAAUGUAAUUUUAAUUAACUCUAUAUAACCUUUUUGUAACUCUGAAGUAGUUAAAAUGGUAUAAGUGCUUGAUAAAAAUAAUUACGAAUUGUAACGAAGCUAAAACAGGUCUAUGUAAACUCCUUAUAAUUUAGAAACUUUAUACAAUCGUACGAAUAAGCCGAAUUCGGAAUGUUACGAAUAAUCCUAUUCGCUAUAUGGCUAUACUAUAUAUUUGUACCGCCUAUAAAUGUGCGCCUUUUGUGUAUUUUAACUGUACUAUGAUAGUAGUAGCACUAUUUGUACUAUUAUUAUUGAUAGGCAGAUUUAAUAUCGUUAUGAUUAUAAAUAAUUGUGUUAUAUGAUUCACGUCGCACGGGCUGAUACACACCUGUUCUAUUUUCUAAUAUUAAUGGUUUUCGAUCUAAAUUGAUAGUAAGCUUUGGAUCUAAAUAUCUCGAUGAAAAAUAGAUAGAGCGUAAAUUUCUUCAUCUUCCACGACGAUAGCGAUUUAGUGUCUUUUCGUUCUGUGGUCGUAAUUUUCUCUUCUACCAUAAAAAAUACCUUCAGAAUUCUCGAGGCUAAGUCGAUUUCAGCUGUUCUUUUCCUUUCUUCUUGAUGCCUUGCCUUAUCGCGGUACCAUUACCAUCGAUAUGUAUAAUAAUUACACUGACAUCAGAGCAUAUACACACGUACAGGUACAUACGUACAUACAUAUACACAUACACCACAGUAAAGUAGAUACAAACGUAACACACGUUAAGAGGAUAAGUCCUUCGUGCCGUCGAUUAACAUUACUGUUUGCCAAACUUCUUUAUCCUAUACGUAACGGAUACAGCUGUAUAAAUGUAUAAAUUAUCGUUACCAGGUGUGCUCGAAUUUAUCGACGUUUAACGUGAUCGUUUCUAACAAUCUUCUCGAAUCGAAUAUCAAUUAGAUCCGAUACGCGGUAUUACAUAAAAUUUUGAACAAACACAGAGAGAAAGAUAAACGUUAAAGUUUGUGAAUUCGAGUACGCGUGGAUCCUUCAUACGACCAUGCAUCCAGCAACAUAGUAACCCCAAUCGAUCGCCUUCGUGGCGUAAUGUAAAGUGAAGUUUCUAAAUGGCGGUAUUUAGCGUAGGUGAAUAUAAACGAACAAAAAGUAAAAAAAGAAAAGGAACACACACAUACACACAAAGAAAGAAAAGGAAAACAAAAGUUUUUUUAAGCUUUCGCAAGAAGUCUGUCUUAAAGUAUUAAAACUCUCAGGCUGCGCCGAUUGUCUUUGCCGCGUGCGUAUGGAAUAGCGGCCGCACGGUCGCGGAGUCGUCGAACGAGAAUGGUGUUCAACCGAUAUACCAGAGCAUAGGAACCUCGAGACAAUUCGAGUCUAACAGUUCUCGCUGUGCGCGACCCGUAGAGUUUGUAAAACAGAUGAACAUACGAUAUAUUCGCCAUUUGGCAUUACAAAGGACACGUAGAAAUCGGUGGUUCUGCACACCGUAAUAUAAAUAAUGAUAAUAAUUUCGAACGACCGUAGCUCAACGCGUGGCCUGUAAAACGACGAAAAGUAACCAAGAUGUGUCGAAACUCGAGUGGAAGCAUUCGUCGACAGUGAAAUUUAUUUACUAGUAGAGCGUGCCUUAUAUAUCGACGAUCCAUGCAGGAUCUUUUCUAGAUUUCGUUUUUCGACCGGACUAAUUGUUUUUCGUAGCUAGAUUCGAUCGUCUCGCGUCUUAUACUCCAGUAUCACGCUGAACACCAUUUCACUCUUAUAUAUAUGGAUGGAUGAAUAUACAUUUAUCUAUUAGAUAUAUACAUAUGUGCAUAUGCAUAUUAUAUAUAUACAUGUACGUAUAUAUUACGUAUAAAUUGUAUAAUAGAAAGCAGAGAAAAAAAUUGGGAUAUCCAUUGCUUGCGCGUGUGAUGAAUUAUUUCAGAGGUCGACCAGAGUACAAAGCGUAGGUUUAGUUUGGUCUCGGAAAUAGUUUGUGCACGAAUACGGACUAUAGGAGUCGAGUCGAACGUCGUCGCCGAAUGUUAGAAAAUUGGUUGAUGAAUAAUAAGUUGAAACGAGAAAUGUUUUGUACGCACUGGCGAACGAACAAAAAGAAAGAAAAAUCCUAGAGACGAAAAGGCAAGAUAAAUAUGAAAGAAAAAAAAAAAAGCGGAAGAGUAAAACAGAGUUUAGCAUAGAGCGAAAGAACCGCUGCGUUACGGUUUUACAGCGUUGCGUCGACCGACCGCGACGAGUCCCGUUCUUUGGCUUCUCUUUCGUAUGUCCGACAAUAAACGCUUCAUUGGAGAGGGCGACGGAAACGAACGACAACCAUGAAUCAAUCAGCAGACAAAUCAAAAGUACUUAGGCUUUAAAUUGCACCGUGUCAAGCGAUUCUCGAAACCUUCUUCGUCACUGUCGACCGACACGACGUUUCGAUAUUGUAAUGGAGCGCAUGGAACAUUAUAUCAUCUAGGUAACCAAAAAAAAAAAAAAAAAAAAAAAAAAAAAAAAAAAAAAAAUUCUAAUCUCAUCGCGUCGUAGCUCGCGACUACUAACUGUUAUACACACAUCGUCGUGAACAUUUUGCUUACGAUCGAGAAAGAAAAGAAAAAAAAGAGGAAAAAAAAUGAAUCGACUGAUAUCUUUUUGUUUAUUUGGAUUUUUAUCGAGGUUUUGGUAGUGGCGAGCUCCACGUUCUUCCGUCAACAGGGGUCUUAACUAAUCGGUGACGACUUACUUAACGAAUGUUUCUCAAUUUUUUAAGUCGCGCAUCGGCAUUUAGGUGCAUACAUCCUGGGGGCAAGAAGUCUAUUUGAUAUUUAUAUUUUAAUAUACACGGGCCGAUUAUAUUUAGUGUAUUGUAAUUAUUGAAUAUUAAUUGAAAGCCCCGGGGGCUGCUCGUCCAGCGGUACGAUAGAGUCAUUAAUUUACUUUUGGAGCAGCAGUAUAACAUUAAAAGAAGGAACGAACAUGGAAAAACGAAAUACAUAAUUCGACGGACGAGCAGGCCGCCGGGGCAAGAACCACGAUUUUCUGUAUAUUACUGUAGUAUAAUAAUCAAACACUAAAGACUAAUGCUUAAGGUGAUCGAUAAGAGCCUCCGACGCUCUUCGAAGCCGCGUAAGUGUAAUCGAGAAAUUAUGCAAACUAAACGAUUAGAAAAGCAAACAAAAAAGAAAAGAGUGCAAGAGAAAUAAAAAGAAAGAAACGAAUAAACGAAAAGAAACACACAUAUACAUAAAAAAAAAAAAGAUAAUAAUAAAACGUUUCAAUUAAACAGCAGAGAAAGAAAGAGAAAAAUACACACAUCGGUACCAGGCAUCACUAUGUUUUAAAUGGUUAAUAAAUGCAGAUGUCCGUGUAUUCGCUCGGACACUUUUUCAACUGAA